AUGCAAAAUAAGCUAAACUUAGACUUGGAAGAAUUACUAACAUUUUUUCGUCACCACCAACAACAACCGACAGACCAAAAAUUACCUUCAUCUUCUACUUAUUGUUUACCCAAACAAAAAUAUUCUUCAACAUCUUUAAAUUUACAAAGAAUUUCCCAAAAUAUUUGUAGAAGUGAAUCAACAACACCCGAGGCAGAUGAAAGAGGAGAAGAGGAGGAGGAAGAUGAUGAAGGUGAUAGUGGGGUAGUUGGAAGGAGGAAAUCAACAAAUAUUGCAAUAAAUAAGAACAAUUCCAGCUCUCAAAGAAAAGAACAAACAAUUAGAGAAAGUCCAGAAAGUAAUGAGGAUGCUCAACAACAACAACUGCCUUGUUCUUCAUCAUCAAACACCCAACAACAACAACAAAAACAACCAUUAAGAAAACAACAAAAAAUAAAUUUAAAGCCAAAUACCUCGGAAAAUGAAGAUUUUUUAUUUUUAAAUAAUAAAACGGGGAAAGUUGAAGAGGUUAAAAAUCAAAAGAAAAAAGAAAAUAAUCAGAAGAAGAAGAAGAAAGGAGAGGAAGAAGGAGAAGAAAAUGAGGAAAAUGAAAGAAGUGUUUUGUUAGCAUCUCCGGAAAGUUCUGAUACUGUUUUAUAA